UCCCAGUUUCCCCUCUUCCUUCUUCAAUUGAAGAGAGAGGGAAAGCAGAAGCAGAAGCAGAAGCAAAAGAGAAAUGAGUGAAACCGAUGAGCAAACAAGAGCUCUACAGGAGCUGUGCUCGAUGUUGACCGACAUCCUCCGAUCACCGCCGCCGCUUCGCCUCUCGUUGAUCCCUCGCCUCUCUCAGCCGAAGAUCUCCCCGGCUGCUUUCGGGCUGCUCUUCAUCGGGAUCUCCGUCGCUCUGAUGCUCUUCAGCUUCGUGGCUUUCGUGGUCGGCAUCACGCUCAUGCCGCUCGUCAUAACGCUCAUGUUUUUCUUUUAUUUUGUCGAAAUUCUCUCCAAUUUGUCCAGAAUCAGCCGCGCCAUCUUCUGGCCUGCACCUCAUUCCUAUAAUUUUGUCUCAGGUUUUCAAACAAGGACACAAUUACCUACAGAAAUCCAAGCCAUCAACUUUAACUCCAAAUUGUGGAAUUAUUCAAGAUAAGAUAUGGUGCGGCCGGCCUAUGUAAGGGUUGGAGAAGAUUCGAGAGCACCAUGUGUUGGAACAUUAAGGAUAUCUUUGUAUGUUUGUCUAUAUCUAAAUCCUCCAUAUUUGGAGACGAUUUAUUUUGUCACCAACUUCCAUUGUAAACAAAAUAAAACAAAUUUGCAUUA